GUAUUGUGCUGUCAUGUCGGCAUCGUUUAGCUUAUUUUGGCGAAGUGAGAAUAAAUUAUAAACAAUUUUACGCGUAUCCAUUGUACUAAUUUAUUAUCAUAAUUCGCUGUUCGGCGUGUCUACUAACUUUUAUGUUGUACCUAAGUUAAACAAUGUCCACGUUCGAAGGCUCAUCUGUGGGUUAUGUAAAUUAUAAUUUUCAAAGCACAACUUUAGAGUUAGCGCGUUGCCAGUGGGCAAACUAUAGUGAUCAGCACUACCUUAAGUGUUGCAAAUGGUCACCUGACGGUACCUGUCUUUUAACAAUCGCGCGUGGCGCCGGUACUCACGUCGUGGAGCUCCCAUCCGAUCUAUACACUGGCGAGUCCAUGCUCACAAGCCGUCCCGUUAAUCCUCUAUCUCCCGCGGUAAGUGUUCCCGAAAACGGCUUGAUCUACGACUACUCAUGGUAUCCCGGAAUGAAUAGCAGUAAUCCGGCAACUUGUUGUUGGGUGGCGAGUGGACAUGAGGGUCCCAUUCAUCUUUGGGAUGCCUUCACCGGCGACCUACGCUGUACUUACCGAGGAUACAACAAUGUCGACGAGUUGGAAGCUGCUAUUAGCGUAACUUUUUCCGCUGACGGUCAGAAUAUUUUUUGUGGUUACAAGAAGAAUGUUAAAAUUUUCAGCACUAGCAGACCGGGACGCGAAUACUUGGAAUAUGCCACUCAACAUCCGGCUUCGUGCAUCGUUUCAAGCAUUGCUCAACCAGGUGUUGUCGCUAUAGGCACGUGGAAGAACACGGUCGAGCUAGUGUCUCAGAGCGACGGCACGUUCCGGCACCUGUGCAAACUGACCGGCCACAAGGGAGGGAUCACAGCGAUGGCGUUCUCGAUGGACGGGAUGCGGCUGUACACCGGAGCGAGGAAAGACAACGAAAUUAUCUGCUGGGAUCUACGAGUGCCGGGCCGACCGCUGUUCUGUUUGGGACGUCAGUGCAACACGAACCAGAAAAUUGCAAUCGACCUCUCCAGUGACGGAAGAUGGCUAGUCAGCGGAGGCACUGAUGGCAAAGUACAAGUGUGGGACGUAUCGCAAAGUGUAGCUCCCACAGUACAUAUGGAGUUGCCUCUACACACUGACUGCUGUAAUGGAGUGUCUUUGCAUCCCUAUCGACCAAUCUUGGCAUCAUCAUCAGGACAACAUCAUACCUUGGAUCCUCUGCAUCACACCAGAAGUGUCUUGGUAUAUGAAAAUGCUCUAAUUAUGUGGUGGGUGGGACCUCAACAGGAAGAUCCUGAUUUCGUUGGAACUUACCUCAAAGUUUCAUCUGGUAACACCUCUAACAACUGAAGAUGUGCAUAACCUCUGCAUUAAUUUUGCAUUAUGAUUUAAACGAAUAUCGUUUAAGGACAAUUUUGUUAGUCACUUUGUGAUACAAUACAUAAUAUCAUUAAUAAAGUCACAGUUUUAUCGAU